GUCUGUGGUGGCUAUAAAUGCGGUGAAAGCCCGACUCCUGGCCGUAGCUGGGUCUUGGCACGUUUCCAUCUUCUCACCGGAGAAGUAGAUUAUCAAAGGAGGAGGAUUCGAAGUUCUUGAGCAUUCUACACUACAGAUCUCGAUUUCACGAUCAUGACUACUUCAAAGCGUCUUGCAGAUAGGAAGGUGGAGAAGUUUGACAAGAACAUCAAGAGGAGGGGUGCAGUGCCCGAAUCAACAAAGAAAGGAAACAAUUACCCUGUUGGACCUAUUGUUCUUGGAUUCUUCGUAUUUGUGGUCAUUGGAUCUUCUUUGUUUCAGAUAAUCAGGACAGCAACAAGUGGGGGAAAGGCCUAGGAUGAACUUCCUUACCCGUUUAGGAUUGGAAGACAAUGCUAGGUUCAUGUUUGCUGAGUGUUUGUUAGGAUCUAAGUUAUACCACCUGGUACAAAACUAAUAUGGUAAUGUUGUUUUUAUUUUAACUUUCAUCUUAGAAAACUUUAAUCAACUAUUGAAUGCAAUCUUCUCUGUUUUAAUCUUCAAGUUACCAUGGUUUAUAUUAGUAUG